CUUUCCCCGGGAAGGAUAUUUGGCGCGGAAUAAUCUGUUGUGUUGACCUGCCGCUUUUCUGAGACAAGGCAGAGCUUUGUCAAUAAACUGGUGUUAAAUAGGUCUUACAGAAGCUAUGGCUCCGGUGUCAAACCCAGAGAAAGACAUGGACAAUCCGGACGGCGGUGAUGCCGCAGAUGACAGCUGCGGUCUGGCGCUGUCUCGCUCCAGGCGGCAGAAGAGGGAGAAGACUGGGAGGAAGUCUGCGCUGGAGCAGCUCAGGAAGGCAAAGAGGGGGGAGAAGAUCAAAUAUGAGGUAAGGGAGGUUGCCAGUGUGUAUGACGAGGUGGACGAGGAGGAGUACUCGAAGAUGGUACAAGAAAGACAAGAGGAUGACUGGAUCAUUGACGACGAUGGAGUAGGGUAUGUGGAGGAUGGAAGAGAAAUCUUUGACGAUGAUUUGGAUGAUGAUGUCGUCGAAAGAGGCAAUGUAAAAGCAGGCGCCAAGGCAGCAGACGCAAAGAAAAAUGUGAAGAAAACAGCUGUAGCCAAGCCCAACAGCAUAAAGAAUCUGUUCAUGAACAGCAAUGUGAAGAAACCCGUCGAGAAAGAUGUGGACCUGUCUAAUGAUGACAUCUUAGGAGACAUCUUACAGGACCUGCACUCUGAGAAACCGUCCCCUCUGACCCCUCCACCAGUGGUCACUCUAAAGAAGAAGAAGUCCCUUGGAUCUCCCAUGAACCCAUUUUCCCUCAAACCUCAGACGCCAAAGCCUGAGUUAAAGGCCAAAGUGAUCCGGCCGCCUCCAUCAGACAUAACUCCCAGACCAUCAGCCCGCUCUCCUGCCUCUGUGCCCGCCCCUGUGGUGGAGAGGAAGAAAGUGAAAGUGGAGGAGCUGGACAAGGAGGAGGUGAACGAUGCCCUGGAGUUUGAUGGUGUGGACUUUGAUGAGCCGAUGGAGGUCGGGCAUGAGGAGAAAGAUGAGGAGAUGCCCAAGGUUAAAGACGAGGCUGAGCCUGAGCCUAAAGUGGCAGCAGUGGCCACAGUUAAAGUGGAGGCCAAAGCAGAACCUCAGGAUCCUGUCCUGCUGUCCAGCAGGAUAGGAAGCUCAUGGGGACAAGAGGAAGAGGGCGGAGGCAGCGAGGCUCCAGCAGAGGUGCAGGUCGACUCCAGCCAGCUCCCAUUGAUAGAGGGCCCGGACGGAGAGCAGGUCUUCCGCUUCUAUUGGCUGGAUGCCUUCGAGGACCCGUACAGCCAACCAGGUGUGGUGUACCUGUUUGGGAAGGUGUGGAUUGAGUCUGCCAAGGUGCACGUCAGCUGCUGUGUGGCUGUCAAGAACAUCGAGCGGACCAUGUACUUCCUACCUCGUGAAUAUAAAGUGAACCCCAAGACUGAGGAGGUGUCUGACACACCGGUGGGGAUGAUGGACGUCUAUCAGGAGUUCAACGAGCUCUCAGAGAAGUUCAAGAUCAUGAAGUUUAAGUCUAAGAAAGUGGAGAAGAACUAUGCCUUUGAAAUUCCUGAUGUGCCCAGCCAAUGCGAGUACCUGGAAGUCAGAUAUUCUGCAGAGUUCCCUUCGCUGCCAUCCAACCUUAAGGGGGCGACCUUCUCCCACAUUUUUGGGACAAACACCUCCAGCCUGGAGCACUUCCUCCUCAGCAGGAAGAUCAAAGGGCCCUGCUGGCUCGACAUCAAAACACCACAGCUGAACAACCAGUCGGUCAGCUGGUGUAAGGUGGAAGCUCUGGCUCUGAGGAGCGACCUGGUCACUGUUGUCAAAGACCUGCCACCUCCACCCGUCACUGUCAUGUCCAUCAGCCUCAAGACUGUCCAGAACCCAAAGACACACCACAAUGAGAUCGUGUCCCUGGCUGCGCUGGUCCACUAUCAGUUCCACAUGGACAAAGCCCCUCCUCAGCCUCCUUACCAGACCCAUUUCUGUGUGGUGAGUAAACCCAACGACUGUAUCUUCCCCUACGACUUCAAAGAGGCUGUGAGGAAGAAGAAUGGGAAGGUGGAGAUCGCUUCUACAGAGCGGACUCUGCUCGGCUUCUUCCUGGCCAAGAUGCACAAGAUCGACCCUGAUGUGUUGGUGGGUCACGACAUCUUUGGCUUUGACCUGGAAGUUCUUCUGCAGCGGAUCAACUUUUGCAAGGUUCCCCACUGGUCUAAGAUCGGGCGCCUCAGGAGGGCUAAUAUGCCCAAAUUAGGAGGUCGUGGUUCCUUUGCAGAGAAGAGCGCCACAUGUGGGCGUCUGGUGUGCGACGUAGAGAUCUCAGCUAAGGAGCUGAUUCGCUGUAAGAGUUACCACCUGACUGAACUGGCUGCACAGGUGCUGAAGACGGAGAGAGCCACUAUCCCUCAGGAGAGCAUCAGGAACCUCUACAGUGACUCCCCUCACCUGCUGUACCUGUUGGAGCUGACUUGGACAGAUGCCAGGCUCAUCCUCCAGAUGAUGUGUGAGCUCAACGUGCUGCCGCUGGCCCUGCAGAUCACCAACAUUGCUGGAAAUGUCAUGUCUCGAACUCUGAUGGGUGGUCGCUCUGAGAGGAAUGAGUUCCUGUUGCUUCAUGCCUUCCAUGAAAAGAACUACAUUGUUCCCGACAAACCCUCCUUCAAAAAGGCCCAGCAGGAGAUGGUUGAUGGCGAGGAAGAGGUGGAUGCAGGAAAAGGCAAGAGGAAAAAGAAGGCAGCAUAUGCCGGAGGUCUGGUGCUGGAUCCUAAAGUUGGUUUCUAUGAUAAGUUUGUGCUGCUGCUUGACUUCAACAGUCUGUAUCCUUCAAUCAUCCAAGAGUUCAACAUCUGCUUCACCACCGUGCAGAGGGAGGCUCACACCCUGCACAAGAAGACUGAGGAGGAUGAGCCAGAGGAGAUUCCGGAGAUUCCGGAUCCUGACCUGGAGAUGGGAAUUCUGCCCAAGGAAAUCAGGAAGCUAGUUGAGCGGCGUAAGCAGGUCAAACAACUGAUGAAACAGCAAGACAUCAACCCAGACCUCUACCUGCAGUACGACAUCCGUCAGAAGGCUCUGAAGCUGACUGCUAACAGUAUGUACGGCUGUCUGGGGUUCAGCUACAGCCGCUUCUACGCCAAGCCGCUGGCCGCCCUGGUCACACACAAAGGCAGAGAGAUUCUGAUGCACACCAAAGACAUGGUGCAGAAGAUGAAUCUGGAAGUGAUUUACGGAGACACUGACUCCAUCAUGAUCAACACCAACAGCAAGUCUCUAGAUGAAGUCUUCAAACUGGGUAACAAGGUGAAGGCAGAGGUAAACAAGCUGUACAAACUCCUGGAGAUCGACAUUGAUGGCGUGUUCAAGUCGCUGUUACUGCUGAAGAAGAAGAAGUACGCCGCCCUGGUGGUGGAGCAGCACGGAGAAGGGCGCUACAGCACCAAGCAGGAGCUUAAAGGCCUGGACAUCGUCCGCAGGGACUGGUGUGACCUAGCCAAGGAGUGCGGCAACUAUGUGAUCGGUCAGAUCUUGUCAGACCAGAGCCGUGACGCCAUUGUGGAGAACAUCCAGAGGCACCUGGUGGAGGUGGGAGAAAAGGUGGCGAGCGGCUCCAUCCCACUCAACCAAUAUGAGAUCCACAAGGCUCUGACCAAGGAUCCUCAGGACUACCCCGACAAGAAGAGCCUCCCUCAUGUCCACGUGGCUCUGUGGAUCAACUCCCAGGGCGGCCGACGGGUCAAAGCUGGAGACACAGUCUCUUACAUCAUCUGCCAGGACGGCUCCACGCUGGCAGCCAGUCAGAGAGCUUAUGCCCUGGAGCAGCUGCAGAAGCAGGACGGCCUCAGCCUGGACACCCAGUACUACCUGGCCCAACAGAUCCACCCCGUGGUGGCCCGCAUCUGUGACCCCAUCGAGGGGAUCGAUGGCGUGCUCAUAGCCUCGUGGCUGGGUCUGGACCCGAGUCAGUUCAGGGUGCAGCAGCAGUUCCAGAGGGAGGAGGAGAGCGAGGGCCUGCUGGGAGCUCCGGUCCAGCUUACCGAUGAGGAGCGCUACAGAGACUGUGAGAGGUUCACGUUCACCUGCCCGCAGUGUGGCACUGACAACAUCUACGACAACGUCUUUGAGGGAUCUGGACAGAAGUUAGAGCCGAGUCUUCUACGGUGCUGUCACAUCCCAUGUGGAGGGUGCCCUCGUGACUAUGUUGUCAACAUCAGCAAUAAACUGCUACUUGACAUCCGCCGCCACAUCAAAAAAUACUACAGUGGGUGGUUGGUGUGUGAGGACCAGACCUGCCAGAACAGGACCAGACGUUUGCCCAUUGCCUUCUCUCGCCACGGACCCAUCUGCCCUGCCUGCAACAGGGCCACACUCAGACCAGAGUACUCUGAGAAGGCCCUGUACAACCAGCUCUGCUUCUACAGGUUCAUCUUCGAUUGGGACCACGCAGUCGCCAAAGUACUACAGAGUGAUGACAAAGUUCAUGUUAAGAAGUGGACAGCAGAGAAGGAGGUGUACAGGAAGCUGAAGGAGGUGCCAGACAAAGCCCUGACCUCCAGCGGCUACUCGGAGGUUAACCUGGCCAAACUCUUCCAGGCCUUCACCUCCCUCAAGUAAACACUCAAACACACACAUAUACACAAGGACACAAAACCCCCUCACCUCCCUUGCUACUCACACCACCACCACCACCACCACCACCGCGACUCCAACUCCCGACUGACAGCUGGAGCGUCCGACCACGUCGAGCACCCGGGUCACCAAAGCCCCGCCUCUUCCUUUUGGCAACAGAACUGGACGCUUGUGAUCUUCACUCGCUGUAGAAAAUGGUUACAUUUUCACCACAAACACAAAUCGCACUGAUGAACACAUGGAAUCGUACCAGAAAUGUGUACCUGUAUACUAUUUGCAUGUUCAGCAACACUUGUUUUGUUCCAUUUUUGUUGUACGAACAUCACAGAGUUCCUUUAAAUGAAUGCUAUGCGUGUGUAUACAUAUUGUAGUCCUUGAAUGCAAACGAUUAUAGCCGCUCACUAUGACCUCUUAACCCCCAUAUCAGCUCCCCUGUAUGUAAUGGGCCUAUUAUGGAGCUGUUAAGAUAUGGCUAAAGACCCCAUCACAUCUUUUUCCCUUCUCUCAGUGUCACUCUGUCACUCACUCAUAACUUGACCCCAUCACCCUCAGUCUGUAUGGUAAAGGGGGCUAGCAAUCAGACCUAAAUGACUGUCCAUUGUGUGUGCAUGUGUGUGGUGGUAUAGGGGGAGAGUGUGGAGGGUAGCUAUUGCCCAGAUGUGCGUGUGCGUGUGUGUGUGUGUGUGUGUGUGUGUGUGUGUGUGUGUGUGUGUGUGUGUGUAAAAUUGUCCUCAGAGCAGCCAGUAUACUCCACAGCCCAGUAAUUAGCCAAUGAUAGGAGCCCCGGCCACUAAGACCACUGGAUACCUGCAGCGAUCGGACACUUGUUCUGAUUACCCCCAUUCAUCCCGAGUGUGUGUAUGUGUGUGUGUGUGUGUGUGCCAGACCCUGAAAGAGUGUGUCAGAGAGAGAGAGAAAAAAAAAAGAAGAGCAAGGAGGAUGGAGGGAGUGACGGGGUGAGGGAGGCCACAAGCGCUGUUCCCUCGCUCUUUUGUCUCCGUAUUGAACAGCUGAUCUCCUUUUCCUCCACCGCCUCUGUUUAAGUGAUGUCAUUUCAUCCCUUUCACUCCCUUUUUUUCCUCUCUGUGCAGAUUGUGUUUUAAUGCGUGUAAUUUUCUGUGUGUCAUCCUUGUAUUGCUGAGGGGGGUUAUGUAAUGAUUUUUUGUAAUAACUAGAAUAUUUCAGAUUGGGUAUUUUGAUAUUGAUGAGAACCUUUUGAUACAGAAACCUCAAUAAAAAGCAAAAUGGAUCAAG